AUGAUCUUUGGGAAAUGUGCUCGAUUGAAAAUCUACCCUGGUGGCAUAUAUGCUGCUGCAGCUGGUGUCAUUGUUGAAGACAUUGCCAGAGAAAUUGAUGCUUAUUAUCAGCUUGAUCAUGAAAAAACGAGCAACAACACAUCAGUUCUGGAGAUAAGAGUAAAUUUGUUGAGAAAGCUUGUUGACUGUGACUCUUGGCUGGCAAAGCAAUUUUGUGUUCGUGAAUUUGAGUCACUUGGUUAUGGAGAGUUUUUUAAUUUCAUGACAGAACACAUAUCUCUUAUGCCUACUGGGUUGAAACAGUUCUUGAAUGGUGACAUGUAUGAGAAGUCCCACUUUGAGGUUUGCAUGCUGCAGCAUCAGUUGAUGGUGCUAAUAUCACAAGCAUUGAAUUGCUUGUGGAAUGGGGAAGUAGUGACCAAACAGAUGAUUUCAACAUUGCUUUUGAAGCAAUUUCCCAAUCUCAGUUUCAAAGUGGAAGUGGGUUCAGUGGAGGAUUUUCUAAAUAUUGUUGGGGAGUAUAGAGGUGUUGCAAUGUCAAAAUGUGUCCUUUUCUCUCAGACAUUGAUGGGUGCUCAUGGGCAGGCUAUGCCGACACUUGAUGAUGAUUAUGCAGUUGAAGUUGAAACCAUUGGUAGAGGAACUAUUGUCUCAAAGAAAAUAGGAAAAUUGGAAUCAGUCACAUCUCGGGAUGCAAUUGAAGUCUUACUAAGGGCGCCAAUGCUGUCAGAUUUAAGUCAUUGGUCACAUUGGGACAUUAAAUUCGCUCCACAUCUUGGCCCUCUUGGAGGAUGGUUGUUGAAGGAAGUUAACAGAACAGAUUUGUUGUGUUUAGUGACGAAAGAUGGGAAUGUGAUCCGGAUUGAUAGUUCAGCUAGUGCGGAUUCAUUUCUGCAAUCUGUCCUUCUAUCAUCCCCUUUCCAAACAGCAGUUCAGUUGCUCUCUUUGUUCUCGAUACUUGGUGGACAAAAGCAUGUCCCUCUGUCUCUUUUAAAAUACCAUGCACGUCGUGCAUUUGAAGUCAUCUUGAACAAUCAUCUGGAACAUAAGGAAGUGACCGAUAGUUGGAAUUUUCAGAUGCAAGAAAAAGCAGCUAGUACGUUCAAGCUGUUGGAUGAAGUUUAUGCUAGUAGAUUAUUGAAGAAUUCCACUGGCACUUCUAAUGGAUCGCUUGUUGCAUCAAGAUUUUUUCUUGAAUGCCUUGGUUUUAUUCCUUCAGAAUUUCGUAGCUUUGUUGCUGAUGUGUUGCUAUCUGGUAUGAAGCCUGUCAUUAAACAUGUACCUUCAACCAUCUUGUCAGAAUGUAAACUUAUGGAGGACCGAAUCAUGCUUCAUGAAGUGGGACUAUGUCUUGGUGUUGUGGAGUGGAUUGAUGACUACCGUGAUUUCUGCUCUUCUACCAAUGAUGAGAUGUGUAACCCCUAUGAAGCUCCAUCAUUCAAAGCUGAUGCCUCUAAGUCAAGCACAGGCUCACUGUCUGCUAUAUACAAUCCACAAAAAUCAUCUCCUGCAGAAGUCUGUCUUGUUUCUAAGGGUCAGAGUAACAUACGUAAUGAAAUUUGUCACGGUUCUAAUAGCCAGGAAGUUUGCAUAGACAAGAGUCUGGCACGAAAUAAACCCGUUGAAUACGAGGAUGCUUACUCAAUCAUUGAAUCUAUCAGGCGAGAAGAAUUUGGUCUUGAUCCUGGUCUUUCUAGUACAGAAAGUAGCUUGUUGAAAAAGCAACAUGCCCGUCUGGGAAGAGCGCUUCAGUGUCUUUCCCAGGAAUUAUACUCUCAGGAUUCUCAUUUUCUUCUUGAGCUAGUUCAAAAUGCUGAUGAUAAUACCUAUUUAGAAAAUGUUGAGCCAGCUCUUGUAUUCGUUCUUCAGGAGUCAGAGCACUAUGUGAUGUUGGCAAUUCUACGAAAAAGGAAGUGCUGGAUACAUAGGGAAAAAGGCAUUGGUUUCAAAUCAGUAUUCCGUGUUACUGAUGCACCAGAGAUUCAUUCUAAUGGAUUCCAUGUAAAGUUUGACAUAAGUGAGGGACAAAUUGGUUUUGUUUUGCCAACUGUUAUACCCCCUCUUGAUCAUAACAUGCUAAGCAAGUUAACAUCCACUAGUUCUGAUCAGUUCGAUACUAGCUGCUGGAAAACUUGCAUUGUUCUUCCCUUUAGAUCUGAUUUGUCAGAAGGAACUGGAAGGAAUAAUGUCAUAUCCAUGUUUUCAGAUAUUCAUCCAGCCUUGCUACUGUUUCUUCAUCGUCUUCGGUGUAUUACAUUCAGAAAUAUGCACGAUAAUUCACUUGUUAUCAUGAGAAAGGAAACUUCUGGUAAUGGCAUCAUUAGGGUUUCAUAUGGUAAGGAGGAAAUGAAUUGGUUUGUUGCAUGCAAGAAGUUGCAUGAUAAUAAUAUUGGUCGUUGCAAUUUCCAAACGACAGAGAUCGCCUUGGCAUUUGGACUCAAAGAAUCAACAGAUGGAAAUUAUAUCCCCUGUCUUGAUAUGCAACCUGUUUUUGCAUUUCUUCCUCUAAGAACUUAUGGUCUGAAAUUUAUACUGCAAGGUGAUUUUGUUCUUCCCUCAUCUAGAGAAGAAGUUGAUGGGGAUAACCCUUGGAACCAAUGGUUGUUGUCGGAGUUUCCUGAUUUGUUCGUGAAUGCGGAGGGUUCUUUCUGUUCCCUUCCUUGUUUCAGGGAUAAUCUAGGAAAAGCUGUGACAGCUUACAUGAGCUAUGUUCCAUUGGUUGGUGAAGUCCAUGGAUUUUUUUCUAGUCUUCCCCGAAUGAUCAUCUCUCGGUUACGCCACUCAAAAUGUCUACUUCUGGAAGGAGAUGGUGCCACAUGGGUGCCUCCUUGCAAGGUUGUCCGAGGUUGGAAUGAAGAGGCUCGAGUUCUUUUACCUGAUCAUUUGCUUCAAGAGCAUCUUGGCCUGGGAUUUCUAAAGAAAGACAUAAGUCUAUCUGAUCCUUUGGCAAGGACAUUGGGGGUUGAGGAGUACGGCCUAAAACUUCUACUUCAGAUUAUAACGUCUUUAUGCCAGAAAAAGGAUAGCCUUCCAUCAAUGGGUUUGUCUUGGUUGUCUGCGUGGCUGAAUGCAGUUUAUGAAAUGUAUGUGCAUUCAGCGCAAGCAUCACGAGACCUUGGAAUGGGCACAGAUAUCAUAGAAACCCUCCGUAAGCUUCCUUUUAUUCCUCUCUCUGAUGGUACUUUCGGCUCUGUGGAUGAAGAUACGAUCUGGCUGCACUUUGAUGUAUCUGGGAAUGACAGUGAGCAGGGAAUGGAUGCUUUCCCAAUGUUAUAUGCAAAGCUCCGCAUUGUAAACCCUGCCUUCAUAACUGCAUUGGAUGUUGAUAACUAUCGCUUAGACAUGUCUUCAAAGGACAACAUCAUCAGGAUGCUCCUUACUGUUGGCGUGCAACGUCUAUCUACACAUGAAAUAAUGAAGGUGCACGUCUUGCCUUCUAUUUGUGAUGACAAGAGUGCAAGUUGGAACAAGAAUCUGAUGACAGAAUUUCUUUGCUUUGUGUUUAACCAUCUACAAUCUAGCUGCCCUAGUUGCUAUGUUGAAAGAGAUUUUCUGAUAUCAGAGUUGAGAAACAGAGCUUUCAUUCUAACAAAUCAGGGCAACAAAAGACUGAUUGAGGUACCGAUCCAUUAUGGUAAAGGAUUUGGAAGCUCUUUCGACCUCUGUAAAUUGUUCAACAACAUUCAAAUGGAAUGGCAUGACGCAGACACCAUCUACUUGAAGCAUUCUUCAACUAAAUCUGUCGUCAAUGGAAAGAAAAAGUGGAAGAGAUUUUUUGAAGAAAUAGGCAUCACAGAGUUUGUUCAAGUUGUUAAAGUUGAUCGGAGAAUGUUUGAUAUGCCCGAUACAUGUUUUGGGAAGGUGGGAGUGGAAAGAGACCACGUCUCCUCAGGAUCUGAAGCUGAAGAUUGGGAAUCCACUGAGUUGGACCAUUUAUUGUCAUUGUUGUCAGCAAGUGGAAAUCGUGUUGGUUGUAAAUUUCUCUUAGAGGUUUUCGAUAAAUUGUGGGAUGAUUGCUUUAGUGACAAAACCAUAGGUUACUUGAACGAUAAGUACAAUGGGAAUAGGACACCCUUCAAAUCCUCAUUCCUGAACAGCAUCUGUGGUGUUCCAUGGGUUGUUUCAUGCAUGGAUGACAAACUUCACUAUCCCAAGGACUUAUUCUAUGACUGUGAUGCUGUGCACUCUAUUUUGGGUUCUUUCGCUCCUUAUGCUGUUCCAAAGGUGAGAAGUGUGGCUCUUUUACAAGAUAUUGGGUUUAAGACCAGAGUUACUGUUGAAGAUGUUGUGGAAAUACUGAGAGUCUGGAGAAGAUCAGAGACCUCUUUUAAGUUUAGUGUUGCACAAAUGUCAAAAGUAUACACUUUCCUAUGGAAAGAAGUUGAUACUUCAAAAGGGAACAUUGUUGAAGAUCUCAUCUCGGAGCCAUUUAUAUUCUUCCCUUCUUUAUGUGCCUCUGGGGACGAGGAUGUUGUGUUGGGCUCAUUUUUGUCGCCAAAAGAAGUUUUUUGGAACGAUUCAACUGAGUUUUUUAACCAAAUAGAAGAAAAUGAUUCCAAGUCUGGUGCAGUUGGAGCAAAGCAUCGCCUCUUGAGCAGGACAUUGUGCAAUAUAUAUCCAGGCUUGCAGGAUUUUUUUGUCAAUAUAUGUGGGGUUGACGAAAUUCCUUCUUUCCGAGAUCAUUUUCAGAAUUUGCUCCAUCUAUCAACUACCGUUUUGCCUUCACAAGCAGCAAAAUAUGUUUUCAAGGUUUUUCUGAGGUUGGUAGAUGAACUGAAAGGUGGAAAUGUGAGUUCUGAAGAUAUUUUACAAGUUAGUGGAUAUCUUAAAAAAUCAGAAUAUACCGUGCUUCCCACUCUUCGUAACAGAUGGGUUUCUCUGCACCCUUCCUUUGGACUUGUGUGCUGGUGUGAUGAUGAGAAGCUAAUGAAAGAAUUCAGCAUUUUAGAUAAAAUUGAACUUCUACAUUUUGGGGAGAUCGUUGAUGAUGAAAAAGAGAUGAUUUAUGUCAAACUACCUCUUCUCACGCAUGCUUUGGGGAUUCCUGCAUUUUCUGAGGUUGUAACUCGUGAAGCUAUAUAUUAUGGUCCAAUGGAUUCUAGCUCCAACGCCUCUUUUGUAAACUGCGUUCUUCCUUACGCUCAGCGUUACAUAUACUUUGAACAUCCCAACACAUAUGCCAAACUUAAACAAUCUGGAUUUUCUAUUCUGAGUCAUUUGCAUGUUGUUGUUGUGGAGAGGUUAUACUAUAGGAAUAUCAUAAGGGAUUUGAGCGUUGCUUCUGAAAAGCGAUUGGAGACCACAUCAGUUCUUCAGGGUAAUACUUUAUUUGUCACUCUGGGGUCCAAUUCUCAUGUCUUGUACAUGGAGAUUUCUCGUCUAUUCUUUGAUGGCACUCCCAACAUUCACUUGGCAAAUUUUCUUUACAUGAUCAUGACAAUGGCAGAAUCAGGUGCUCAAGAGGAGCAGGUAGAGUCUUUCAUUGUAAAUAGCCAGAAGGUGCCAAACCUACCAGGUGAUGAACCCGUGUGGGUCCUUUCCUCAGGAUCUUGGUGUGAGGAUGAUGGAUUAUUAGAGAACAACAGCUUUUCAGCAACAAGAAAAGUGCCAAAAUCCUUUCAGGCCAAGAGAAGGGCAGGAUUUACCUCAACUUGGCCUGCUUUUGACUGGAAAAGUGCACCAGCGUCAGCUUAUUCUCCUUAUUACCAAGUUAAGACACGGGCAGGAACUGUAACCACAAGUACUUGCUCACAAGUGAUGGAGAGGGAUUGUGGUGAAUUAGCUGAUGAAAGUGGUGGCGGCUAUGAGGUGAUUGUUGAUUUUACCACUGAAGAUACAGCAACAGUUUCUCCUAUUCAACCUUCAGUUUCUGAUAGAGCAACAGAUGUCAGCAAUUUGGAUUCUUGCGCAGAUGUAUCAGGCAAUCAUAUUGAUAUGACUCCAAUUUCUGAUCUACCUGACUUGGAUCCACCUCCGUUGAUUGGAAGAACAGUGCUCAAAAUUGGCACGCUCGAUCCAGAACAAGCAAAGUUAGUGGGAAAACAAGGAGAACUCUUCGCUUUCAGACAUCUUGCCAAGAAAUUCAGUAAGAGUUCCGUUAAGUGGGUCAAUGACGAUGGUGAAACUGGUCUACCCUAUGACAUCACCGUUGAGGAUGGAGGAGGACUUCGAUACAUAGAAGUCAAAACAACUCAAUCAGAGGAGAAAGAUUGGUUCUCCCUGUCAACAAAUGAAUGGCAAUUUGCAGAUCAGAAUGGUCGUAAUUUCAGCAUAGCACAUGUCAUUUUGGUAGGCCACAACAGAAACAAAAUCAAAAUAUUUUCAAAUCCAGUUGAACUCUGUCGCUCUGGGAAGUUGCAAUUGGCCAUUGUGAUGCCAAUCUAGCCAUUAUGCCCUUAGUGGCUCGUCUCGUGUCGAGUCUCUCAUGCCCUAAUGAAGCAGUGUACAUAGUGACACCAAACCACCGGUAGUGCUGUGAGUACCUUUCUCAGAUGUAGGGAAGUUUGGUUUUAAUCUUUCAUGGUUAGUGAUGGAAGGAAAUGAGCAUAACUUGAGCAGUUCUUUUUUCAGUGACUUCUGAAGAUGGUUAAGCUUUGUAAAACUAGCCUUUAGAAUGAGUGAGCUGCACAGAGCUAUUAAGCAUGAUUGCGCAACUUGUGCCAUGUAGUUAUUUAGAUGGACUUAUAUCAAUAAUCACACUUCUAUGUAGUUAAAGAGUGAAAGGAUAUUUUGUUCUAGAUGAACCCACGCCAUUAGGUUCCUUGUCGAUAUCUUCAAAUUGUAAGGUCAAAAGACGGCAGUGGCUGGUAAAGACUAGAGUACUUAGCAACAUUCAUGGUGAAGUCAGCGGAACAAUAGUAGGUGGUCAAACUUUUUCAUGAAGCAGUAUCUUGUACAUGUUCA